CUCCAUUUGUGGAGGGGUUCAGGGGUGUGUACUGCGUACAGCAAGAUAAUUGGCGGGGCGUUUUGAAACCGACUCCCUCCCUUGAACCUCGUAAUCGUCCCCUCCAAGAUUGUCGAGCUCCAACUCUGAAAGAUGAAACCAGCUGUAGACACGAGGACCUCAAUUCCCAGCCAGAGAAGCCAUGGAAACCAUCGACCCCGCGACGGGCAGGCCGCUGCCGGCUGAUGCCAUCCAACGCAUCUUGUUCGUCGCGAAGUCGGUCCACGUCUACAACAUCCCGCCGCUGGCCUCGCUGAAGGGCUACAAGGCAGCCAGCUGGACCGAGGACCCCAAGCGCAACAUCUUCUCCUGCCGGCUCCGCAUCAUCGAGACCUCGGUGGCCCGACCCGGCGGCACCGGCGAGGACGAGGACGAGGAGGUCAAGGCCGACAUCGUGCUGGAGGACCCGUCGACCGGCCAGCUCUUCGCGGCGGCGCCAUACGUCGACCCGGCCGUCGUCGAGCCCGCCAUCGACAGUAGCCGCUUCUUCGCCCUGCGCGUCCAGGACGGCGCCGGCCGCAAGGCCACGCUGGGCAUCGGCUUCGAGGAGCGCGGCGAGGCCUUCGACUUUGGCGUCGGCCUGCAGGAGGCGCAGAAGUCCCUGAGCCUCGCUGGUGGCGCUGCCGGUGCCGCAUGGGCUGGAUCGGGAUCCGGGUCGGGGUUGGCAUCGGCCGGGGGCCAGCAGGCGGGCCAGCAGGCGGCCGCCGGGAAGGCGGAGAGGCGGGACUAUAGCCUGAAGGAGGGGGAGACCAUCACCGUCAACCUGGGAGGGGCGAAGCUGGGGCGCAAGGCUCGGCCGCAGGGGCAGCAGCAGCAAGGUCUCGGGGGCCAGGGGGCCAGCCUUUCGUCAUUUGCCCUGCCGCCUCCGCCGUCGGCGAACGCCCCGAGGGGCAGUGGUAUUCUGCCCCCCCCUCCGGGUGCACCGGUUGUCAAAUCGCAGCAAGAGCAGCAAGAGCGACAAGGGCAGGGUAACACUUCCAGCGCAAUACCCCAGAAGUCGGCUCAAGAUCUUGGAUUUGAUGAUGGUCAAUUUGGCGAGUUUGCCUAAGGAUUGCAGGAGCCUAAUAUUACAGGAAAGGGGCAGGGAUUCUCUUGCAAGGCGGCAGUAAUAUCCGAGGCUUUGAUAGUGGGAAUUCCAUGGGAGAUAAAAAAUACAGUGCCAACGAGCAAUGCCAAGCUCACAUCUCAAAAGCCCGCCUUCUCCCCCCAGCAGCCUUUACAUUACCAAUCUAUUUUUCAUCCUCCUCGUAGAAAGAACCGGGCCAGUACGUCCGUAGAGACGGCAGACUCAACCGUCUGUGACAAAGCUUGAAGCUUGGAGGGAACGUCGUGGCCAUUGAGCAUCGUCGCUCGUGCGCCUUUGACAUGAUAUCCAAGUAGCCGUCGUCCUCCCAGUCGUCAACAGCAAACUCCCACCGCAGACCGGGCGAAGCAUGCUCAUCAUCAUCCUUGUCUCCAAGUCCUUCCGUGUUGGUCUGGGUACUGCUAUCCUCUCCAUCUCUCAC